AUGGGAGCUGAAGCUGAGGUGGUUGUUGAGAGGAACAUCUCUGUGUUGGAUGUGCCCUCUUCUCAACUUGAUGUUAAAUCUCCAGAAACCCCUGUGCUGCAAUUUCUUCCCAGCAUCCGCUCAGGUGGUUUUGCUGAUAUUGGCCCACGGAGAUACAUGGAAGACGAACACAUACGGAUAGAUGAUCUAUCUGCACACUUGGGAUCGCUCGUCUGCUUUCCUGAACCAAGUGCCUUCUAUGGGGUGUUUGAUGGCCACGGUGGACCUGAAGCAGCAUCCUUCGUGAGAAGGAACGCAAUCAGAUUCUUUUUGGAAGAUGUUAAUUUCCCAAAUACAUGUGAAAUUAAUGAUGCAUUUCUGAUGGAGGUCGAAAAUUGCCUGAGAAAAGGAUAUCUUUUAGCCGACAUGGCUUUGGCCGAUGACAGCACCGUGAGUAGUUCUUCUGGAACAACUGCUCUGACAGCUCUUGUUAUUGGCAGGCUCCUAAUGGUUGCCAAUGUGGGAGACUGCCGAGCUGUCCUAUGCCGUAAAGGGCACGCAAUCAACAUGUCCCAAGACCACAGGCCGAACCACUUGGCCGAGAGGCAGCGGGUCGAAGAGCUUGGCGGGUUCAUAGACGAUGGGUACCUAAACGGGGUCCUCUCGGUCACUCGGGCCCUAGGUGACUGGGACAUGAAGCUGCCUCGAGGCUCGGCCUCUCCUCUGAUUGCCGAGCCCGAGUUUCGACAGGUCACCCUCACGGAGGACGAUGAGUUUCUCAUAAUUGGGUGUGACGGUAUAUGGGACGUUAUGUCUAGUCAGCAGGCGGUGAGCCUCGUCCGGCGAGGUCUCAGGCGGCAUGAUGACCCUGAGCAGUGUGCCAAGGAUCUUGUCAUGGAGGCUCUUCGCCUCAAUACUUUUGAUAAUCUGACUGUCAUUAUCGUUUGUUUUGGUACUGUUGAUCAGAUAGAGCCAAUGGGGUCUGUAGCUGCCCGGCAGAGGCGGCUGAGGUGUUGCAGCCUGUCGGCUGAGGCUCUGUGCAGCUUGCGGAGCUUCUUGGAGGGUGGCCGGUGA